GCUUUCAUGCAGACUGGAAUAUGCAUUCAUGUAUAUUUUCAUCUUCGGAACAGGUGGUUUGAAAUGCAAAUAAAGUAAUAAGUGUCAGAGCCGUAUCCUAGCAGUAGCUACUUUGCAAACGUUACCAUGGCACCGAUUCAACACUGUUCUUAGAGGCAGCCACACCUCAGCAAGGUUUUUCUAACUUGGGACAGCAAAGUUCAAAGGAACUAACAGACACAAACUGCAAAAGAGUCCCGAACCGAUUGGGGAGGUGAAGCUCGCCAGCACGACCAGCCUCGGGAGCCCCUCGAAACAGGGCAUGGUACUGAAAGGAGGAAAAAAGGGAGCGGACCAUCUUCUAGAACACCUGGAAUGUUAUCCAAGCCUGGAGACAAAAUGAUGAUGAAGGUGAUCCAAGAAAAGUCUUCGAAAGACCCUCUGAAAAAGUGGAGGCUCCACCCAUGGGGAACCACAGCUGACUGACAGUGAAAAGCAAGAAUGAACCUCCAGAGUUCGCCCACCCCCGUGCCCUAUGGAGGCCACCAGUCCUUAAGAUCUCCUUAAAGACAGGAAGGAUGCAUCCUUCCCAGCUAAAACAGCUAAAACACCAGACGGAGUACAAAGAGAAGAGUACUUAGAAAAACAGGUGGGACUUCCCAUACUGCCUUUAUUUUGAAAGAUACAAAGACUUCUGCUUCCCAUAAGGGGUUGCAGCUAGAAGACCAUAAAUCUAGCAAUGGAACCUAUAUAUGAAGAAUACCUAGCAAAUCGUGGAACAAUAGUAAAACCUUAUUACUGGCUAAGCUUCUCUCUAGAUUGUUCGAACUGUCCUUACCAUAUUCGGACAGGAGAAGAAGCAAGAGUUCCCUAUACAGAAUUUCAUCAGAUUUUUGGAUUCCCUUAUGGGCCAGUGUAUCCUCAAACAAAGCACCUCACGUUUUAUGAGCUAAAAACUUCUUCUGGAAGCCUGGUGCAAAAGGGCCACGCUAGCAGUUGCACUGAGAACAAUACCCAUCCAGAAUCGAUGCUAUUCGAGAUGAAUGGUUAUUUUGACGCAGCCCGACACAAAAACAAUGCUAUCAGGCAUAUCAUUCUGUAUUCCAACAACUCUCCUUGUAAUGAAGCCAACCACUGCUGCAUCAGCAAAAUGUACAAUUUCUUAAUAAUGUAUCCAGAUGUUACUCUCAGCAUUUACUUUUCUCAGCUCUAUCAUACUGAGGCCGAAUUUCCUGCCUCGGCGUGGAACCGGGAAGCUCUCCGGAGCCUGGCCAGUUUAUGGCCACAGGUCACCUUGAGCCCAAUAAGUGGUGGAAUUUGGCAUUCUCUCCUCAACAGCUUUGUGAGUGGUGUCUCAGGACCCACUGUUUUCCAGCCCAUUUUAACCGGGAGAGCACUGGCUGAUAGGCACAACGCAUAUGAAAUCAACAGGAUAACAGGAGUGAAACCUUAUUUCACUGAUGUUCUUCCCCAGACAAAAGAGAAUCAGAACAUAAAAGCUCAGGCGGCUUUAGAGAGCUACCCCUUCAACAAGGUCUUUCCUGGGCAGUAUCUUCAAGUGACACGUGGACAACCGCAACCCAAUCUGACCCCAGACCUCAGAGUUCCCGUCGUUUUUGUGUUGGUGCCUUUCAGAGACCUACCACCAAUCCAUGUGCGUCAAAAUGCACACAAACCCAGGAUUAUUGUGAGGCACUUAAAUAUGCCUCAAAUGUCAUUCCUGGACACCAAGGAACCCAGAAGGCCUCCCAUGGGAACGCCAGCGGAGAGAGUGGAAAUCACGGAGCAGGUUGCAAGUACCAAAGAAGCAGAUGAAAAGAAGAAGAAAGGGAAAAAAUAAAAUCUAUAUUUCUACAACACGAGACCAAACAACUAUGAAAGGACAAAUUCAAUAGCAAAGAAAAAUCUUGGGUCUGAUCCAAGAUGGGAGAUGAACUGAUACACUAAAAGCAAAACCUGAAAUAUUUGCUAUCUCAACUGCUAUAAAGCUACCCAACUUUUACCAUAAUCCAAGAUGUGUUCAUAAGCAACUUGACCUCUCUCCUUUAUUUUGAAAGCGACAGUAUCAAAAUGGAGCCAUUAGUACCUUAUUAAUACUUUGGUGUGGAAAAGAAAACGUCAUUAUUCUAGUCUACCCACCCAUCUUGCCACCGAAAAAGGCCAUGGACUAAACAGCUUCCUAAAUUGGUUUUAGUAUAAAAAUUUACUAUAAAAUUGGAAAACAGCCUGAAGUUACUGACAUUAAGUACGGUCUGCAAAAGCAAACCAGUGAUUUUCCAUUAAUUGUUAAUCAUGAACAGAAGACCUUAGGCAGUCCAUUUUUUUCCUAAAGUGAUUCAAAAUAGUUUUUUAUG